CAGCACUUCUGUUUUGACAGGAGGAAAAAGUAUCAAUAACAAAAACAAUUAUCAAUGAAAAAUCGACUACGCAUAUUAAGUGAAAUGAUUUGUCUGUAAUGGCAAAUAGCUCCAGCUCCGAUGAAAGCUCCAAAGCACCUGAGAACUUUCAAUUAUCAAGCGCAUCCACAAAUGAUGACGAAGACGAGAACGACGUCGAUGUCUGCGAUGGCGUUGCCUACACAAAGAAGCAUCCGAAAGGCGAUGUGCGCGUAAAGCCAACAGCUGGUGUCGCCUCCACAGGUCUGCGAUGUCCGCUCUGCUGCAGGCAACAGCGACGACUGCAUUGCAGAACUUGUGUUAAAAAUGGAAACAUUACUCACAGCUCUGCCUUGGAAUCUGAAAGCUUAACGGAGAAACAGCAGAAGUACAUUAACCUGCAGGCGGGCCUGAAGACAUACAGCAAUAGGUACGAGCACCUUAUACAACAGCACAAGUGCAAUGAAAAUCGAAUGAUUGCGAUACGUGCGAAGCGGGAGCAGCUGCAGUUGCUGCAACAGCUGAUCGGCAGCACGACACAUCGCUUGCAGACGUUAAGCGAGCAGAGGGAUGAACUGCGUCAGGCAAAUGCUGAGAAACGCAAGAACCUGCCCAAGUAUCCCACCAAAGUCAAGAUGCUGGAGGAUUAUGUGAUCGAUCGUUCGAUGCGCAUCGAUAAACUACGCCAGCAGCACAUGAAUCUAUUGGAUAGCAUCAAGCAAACGGCUCGCCGUGACAUUCAACAGCUUGUCACCUAUAUAUUCCCCAUCUCGGAGGUGGUGUUGAAGGACGAGCAGCAGCGCAAGGCGUGCGCCGAGCGCAGCGAAGAUGCCGAAACAAUCGCAGCGCUAGCCGAUGCCAAGAAUACAUCAUACAUACGUGGUAAAUGGGUGUUCCAUGGCAGUGGCAUCAGCGAGGUGCAGUACCGCAUAGUGGGACCUUCGCUACCCGCCAACGGCGACUACUCUGCCUACCUGGACUACCUGGCCGACAACAAGGAGGAUGUGCCCAAGACCACGGCCAAUGAGAUAACGCCCAGUCGCGUUGAGGCCUACCGAAUCAUGGGCGCACUCACCUACACGGUGCAGCUGACGCAGCUGCUCAGCUUCUAUCUGAACGUGAGGCUGCCACACAAGGUCGCCUACAGCGACUUCUGUCGCAAGAUGCGCAACGAGGAGCAGUUUCUGCGAAAGGUGUGUCGCGUCAACAACAAUAUCAUGUAUCUGGCCUACUCUCAGCAGGUGAAGCUGCGCGCGCUUAAUGAACAGCACACGCUCGAAAAUAUUUUGGCCAUUUUGGAUCUGGAGCGCAGCGAUUUGGGUCGCUACGGUCAUCUUGAUGUGGCCAAUGCGCCGCUAAUGAAAUCUGUGGACUCGCUCCUCAUUGGCAUUGAGACGGCAACGGAAUCUGAAUCUGAAGACGAGAGCUCGUUACGCCUGGAUUGGGAGGCGGUGCCCAGCGUCAGCGUGGCUCAGCCAGAACUGACAGAGUCCAAUCUGAUACCUGCGGUGGCACAGCAAUCCACCAUAGCCAUGGCAGCUAAUCGCCUCACCUCGAUGCUACGCUGGAUCAAGUGAACCAAUUACCUGUCCUCGAGUGUGUCUGUUAUAUUUUACAAAUUAGGUUAAAGGGGUCGAGCAAGUGGAUGGGCGGGGUGUUGCUGUUAUUUGAUGGCUUGUUUAAGACGAUAAUCAACCAUGGGGGAGCUAUGUAAAUACCCAUUGGGAUGGAUAUGUUAACCGUAAUGUAUAUAAGUUAUGGUCAGUUUGCUUGGGUGUCAUUGAUCGCAUCAUUUUGAUAUGUAUAGAGGACGAACCUUGUGAGUGUGCACUAAUUUUGAAUAGAAUAUGCGCUCUUU